GAGCAGACUCACGGGUCUCUGAUUUUAGCAUCAUAGCAUGCUACUGAUGCUGGCAGAUCACACAGAAGUUCGCGUUUGCGAUGAAUGCGGCGAGCGGUUCAGGUCUGGAAGGCGCAGCUCGAGAAUCCUUGCAAGCUAUCGUUGUAGGGCAGGCACCCGUGACUUAUACAGUCACGGGUCAGGGUAGCGGUAACGGUCGGACCAGUAAGGCUGUGCUCCAACUUGGUGGUUGUUUCCGAUUGCUGGGAAGAGAUGGUACAGAAGAUCCUUGUCAGAGUAGUAGAGUACGAGCGUUUAGGAAGGCAUAUCAGGAGUAUUCUCUACAGAGGGGGGUGACGGAGGAGUCGACGAAGCCGAUGCAGUGGGAGAAACUGAGGAGGGUGAUUGAGUAUAUCCGAGAGAAGGUGAAGGUUCUGAAGGGGUAUCCGGAAGCACAGGCGUAUCGCGAUGGUGGAGUUUUUCUGUAUUUGUGGGAGAGUUGGCAGCGAUGCGGAGAGGGGUUGCGUUUGCAAUACAAGGAAAUAGAUAUUGAUCAAGGUGCCGUGCAACCAGGUUACACAAAGACUGACAGACAGGGGGGGCGAUUUAUGAUUAGGUUGCGGGAUGGGUGCAGUGAUGGAGAGACGUUUCUUGGAUGGCUUCCUGAUAUGUUGGCGAGUUAUGAGAGGAUUGGGCAAGAUUUGAGGGGUGGGUAUCUAUUCCGGCCGAUGCGCGGGGCGGGACCGAUGAGUGGUGGUGGAUUCAACAAACGAAUAGAAAGGUGGUUUGGGGAGAUAGGUUUGUAUGAAGGGGAAAGUGGGCAUAGUUUUAUAAUAGGUGGGGUCCAAGCGGGAAUAGAGGAGGGUUGGCAUUUGGGGGAGAUGAUGCGGCAGGGUACUUGGAGCAAUGUCGGGACAUUCAUGAGAUAUGGAUAUGGGAUGAAGCGUGGGUGGAAAAGGCGGGGUGAUGUUAGUGCAGGUGAUGAGUUAGGUCGCGAAAAAAAUAGCCGUGAGUCCGAGGAUUGCGGGGUUGGGGGCGGAGGGGUUGACCAUAUGGUUGGGAAGGCAGGAGAAUUCGGAGUCGGGGAUGGUGAAACGGUGGAUAAUUUUUAGUUCGUGUUUGCGAUGAAUGCGGCGAGCGGUCGGGGUCAGGAGGGCACAGCUCGAGAAUCCUCGCAAGCUAUCGUUGCAGGGCAGGCACCCGUGACUUAUACAGUCACGGGUCAGGGCAGCAGCAGCGGUCGGACCAGUGAGGCUGUGCUCCAACCUGGAUCGUGGAUGGAUGCUGUUGUCGGUUGUUGUGAUGUUCUCGUCCCCCCGAACAUACAUCAUCAUCAUCAUGGUGCGAAGGGGUCUGGCGAAGAGAAGCAUAAGGAGUUCAUGGCCAAGCUCGUGACCAGGCUGGUUUACACAUGUAACCACCUGCAGUCCGAGCUGGCAAACCUUCAGCGGGUUGUGCGGAACCAUAAGACUCAGUAUGAGGAUGCCACACGGGCACUGGACGCCCGUGUACUGGACCUGGAACAGGCUGUACCAGGACCAGCUGCUGGGGCUUCCAGCAGUGCAUCCUCUAGCCGCCAAUUGGAGGAACGCGUUGACCACGUAGUGGCAAUGCUAGGAGACAUAAGUGCCUUCACAGAGCCGGCCACCAUCAGCCAGCGGUUCGAGUUGCUGGACACUAAGAUCAGUCAGCAACAGCAGACCGACCACAGCCACAACAACAGCUCGGCAAGGCCAUACAAGAUGCCGACGUUCCGGAUCGAGAAAUUUGAUGACUACACACAUCAAGACCCGGUCGUCUGGUGGCAAGGAUUUACAACGGAGCUGGGGAUCCACGAGAUCCCUGACCAUCUGUUCAUCAGUGCUCUGUUCAUCAACACCAAGGGAGGAUGUCAGAUCUGGCUCAGCCACAUGGCAACCAUCCACGACAUUGACCGCGAGUUCAAGACGCAACGGUACGACGACAUCGAUGCACCAUUGCUAUACAUACGCAUUCAGAUCGGUGAGGUGACCUGCAGUGCCUUGAUCGAUUGCGGAGCAUCUGGCAACAACAUCAGCCAGGACUUCAUGGUGCGCGCCGGCCUUGGCCCACGUGUCCGGAGGAAGUCCCAGCCUACGCAAGUCACGUUGGCAGACGGUCAUACGCACAAGUCAAUCGACCGGCGCAUUGACGCCGUCCUCGUGUACUUUGCCCCUCACGCAAGUGAGGCAGUGUCCUUUGACAUUCUGGACACCAAAUUUGACAUGAUCUUGGGCAUGUCAUGGGUGCGAAGCGAGGAUCACGCGGUGAACUUCUUCAACCGCACCGUUCACAUUCGUGAUCGAAACGGAGUACUAGUUCCAUGCACAGUGCCUCUUCCUCAUCCUUCUAUCAACUGCCACGUGGUAUCCGCCGCAAGCAUGCGAGCAUCCAUCAUCAGAGACGAUAUCGAGGAGAUGGGGGUAUGUUUUCUCCACGCCCUCCCGCCCCGAGACGCUUCAUCGACGGACUCAUCUUCGGAUCCACGCAUCACUGAGCUUCUCGACGCUUACAGCGACGUGUUCGAAGGCCCGCACGGAGUAAUACCGGAUCGGCCCAUCCGCCACGAGAUCAUCCUCGAGGACGGGGCCGUACCUCCGCGCGGCUGCAUCUACCGAAUGAGCGAGGAAGAGUUAAGUGUGCUCCGUGCACAACUCGACGAUCUUAUAGAGAAAGGUUGGAUUCGGCCUAGCUCAUCGCCAUACGGUGCUCCUGUCCUCUUCGUCCGGAAGAAGAACAAGGACCUGCGGUUGUGCAUCGAUUAUUGCAAGCUCAACGGGCAGACGAUCAGGAACGCUGGCCCUCUCCCACGCAUCGACGACCUUCUCGAGCGAUUGGGCGGUGCCCAGUUCUUCUCUAAGCUGGAUCUGAAGUCAGGGUACCACCAACUCGAGAUUCGCAAGGAGGAUCGCUACAAGACCGCGUUUAAGACACGGUAUGGGCAUUUCGAAUGGCUGGUCAUGCCGUUUGGCCUUACGAAUGCCCCAGCCACCUUCCAAGCGGCUAUGACAACGAAGUUCCGACACAUGCUGUAUCGGUUUGUACUCAUCUACUUCGACGACAUCUUGGUGUAUAGUCGGAGUUUGGAAGAGCAUGUGGAACACCUGCGCACCGUUUUGGAGCGGCUACGACAAGCCAAGUACAAAGCAAACCGCGACAAGUGCGAGUUCGCACAGCAGGAGCUGGAAUACUUGGGACACUAUGUGACGCCGCAAGGCAUCCGUCCGCUUGCGGACAAGAUCGAGGCCCUACGAGAGGAAGAACAAGUGCUCAAAGCUUUGGCUAGGUUGGAGAGCAUGUCAAUGUCAGUGGAAACCCUUCAGGUUACGGAAAUAGGAAAGCAUGUGAAGAGCUUACGUAAGCAUCCAGCAAAGGCUGUUAGAACCGCUACCAAGCAAUUGGUGAGAUCAUGGAUGGACUUGGUCGAUGAAUGGACGAAGAGCGCUGGUGCGGUAACCGCAGCAGCAGGUAGAGAGGGUUCGGAGGAUGGAUGUUCCGACUCUGGAGAUGUUGGGCACGGUCUUCCUUCCCCACCCAUGGAUGAGGCGGCGUUGCUCUCCGUGCGCCCGGAAGCUUUUAGGGUCUCAGAGCUUCUCAUGGAGUUUGUUGAUGACACAGCCUUGCUCGACUCUGGAGAUCUAGUUGUUCGAGAGAGCAACACGCAUUCAAUGCAUGCCUGUCAUGGUCGAGAGGAUGGUUCUGGGACACAUGGUUCUCCAGCCAAGCUGAGUAACUAUGCACCGGAUAGACAGAGGGAUGACAGAGUGACGGAUGACAGAGGGAAGGACGACAGAGGGAGGGACGACAGAGGGAGGGACGACAGAGGGAAGGAUGACAGAGGGAAGGAUGACAGAGGGAAGGAUGACAGAGGGAGGGAUUCAGGGCAUGGAGUGGCCGAUUACGAGGGAGGGAAAGGAUCAACUGGAACUGCUCGGCGGUUGCCUCCGAGGCCAGGGGAAAGAGCUUCACAUGGAGAGAAAUCUGCCAAGGGGGAGAGAAGUAAAGAGGACAGAAGCAAAGAGGAAAGAAGCAAGGAGGAAAGAAAUAGGGAUGAAAGAGUUAAAGAGGAUCGCAAUUCAGGUGGCAGCGGUUCUGAACACAGUGGCAAGCAAAGUACUGGUGGAAGUGCUGUUGUUGUGUGUAACCGCGCUGGCACAAAGCCCAGUCCUAGCAACAAAGUGACCCGGAUUGUAAAGGAUGCGAAGGAAGCUUCUAAGGAUGGAAACAAGGGGAAAACUCUGUUUGACAGGGAAACAAACACAGCAAGUGAGAUGUCAUCCAGAAAUGGUGGUUCAGGCAGGAGUGGUGGCCUCUCUAAAGAUGUACAUCGUGGAGCCAUCACACAGUCUGUUGGGAAGGUGUCGGCACCUGAGAGCCCCGAAGAGAAGAUGAUCUUGACAAAGCGGAAACUUCAGGAGAGAUAUCAACAAGCAGAUAAAGCUAAAAAGAGCCGUACGAUCCAGAUGGUGGAUCCGAUUGAAAUUCCGAAAGCGCUUGCCGCCAAAGGGAAAGGAGGACCAGCUGGUCAUCACAUGGGUGCUGCAGGUUGCAUGAGGGGUGGGCCGCUGUUGGCGAAGCCUGUUCGAUAGCAGAGUGCCACAUCGAUGGGAGCAUGUUGAGAUUCAUUCUUCUCCACAGCAGCACUCAGCCCACGUUGUUGUUGGUGUUUGCAUUAUUAGGACUGUCCCAGCCAUUUUUCUUAUCCCCGCAUUUUUUAUUUUUUUCCAUCUUUCUUUCUUUUUUUUUUUUUUCUUUUUUUUUUUUUUUCCGCUCCUCGGGCGUAGGAAUAUUACCAGGAAUUGUGGGAAGUUUGUGAAUUAAAAUUUAGAAAUAGAACAGUUAUAGACGGAUGAUGGGUAGAAUCUGCAGACAGUUGGAAAAAGAAGAGAGGACGAAAGUAGAGGGACAAAAAACAUAGAGGGAUUCCUCCAAAGUGGUCAUUUAGGUGAGCGAAAAGAGAAUUUAACCCUGACACUUCAUGUUAAUAUGUCGCUAAACGCGAUUAAGCAGAACGGAAGAGGAGGAGAGAUAUCUGUCGACGUGACAAUCAUACAGUAAUGGUCGAUGCACCUGCUGCUGCUGCUGACCUGGCAUAUAUGAAAAUAAGUUUGUUCUUCUUUAGCAUAACCAGGUUCUGGUUGCAGCCAAAUUGUGCCGUUGUCGAAGCCUUCGCCACCACUCAGCCGAUUCGUUCUGAACCUCAGUCCAGCAAGCGAGUCCCUUACCCUUUCUUUUCUGUUUCGUUCCCUGUUUCUCGUCCCCGUUCAUUGCACAUCCCUCCUCCUCCUUUCUGAUCCUCCUCUCUUCACUCUUCAUGUGAAUUCCUCGUUUCCCGCCUUUCUUUCUAUUUCAUUCAUCUUCGUUCUUUGUUUCGCCUUGUUGCAUCUCUCCAUAGCAUUGCAUUGCAGUCUUCAGUCUGUCGCAGUUUACUGCCAGCCGGCUCCGUCUUCUCAAGUGCAGACUGUCUUUUUUUGCAUCUCAGCGCUGCUCUUGCUGUGCUCCCCUUUUGCAGCUUUUCUGUUUGUGCACCCGCCCGUACUUCUCACGUGCGGAGUGUCUUUUGGAUCACUGUCCUGUUCUUACAGUGAUACGCUCGCCCGACUUCUGCUUCUGCGCCCGGUCAGAUUGAAUGCAGGCUGCUUUUUGCGACCCAUUGCACGAUCAGACAAUCAAGCAAGCUGGGAUGGACCAGGGAAGAUGGAUUGUUGAUGUCAUGCUUUAUGGCUGAUCGAUACUCUGUGGAUGGAAUUCCGUCCGUAGUGUAGAGCAUUUGUUGGCUACAUGCCUCCUGCACCGCUCACAAACGGUUUCCCUCUUCUCCCAGAAGCGUGUACCUCGUCCACAUGAUAACGCUGCAACGAGGUGCGAUGGACGGAAUGACCAUUGCUUGGACUUGGAGGGAAAGUGUGCUCUACUGCAUCGAUACGGAAGGCGAGGUGUAGUGGUGGGCUUGGUGGGACUGAGCAGGGCAUACUGAUGCUUCGGAUAAGGCGGUUGUAAUGCGAGUUUCGUAGGAGAGGCCCGAGAGAUGUCGGGGAAAGGGAAUGGGGUGAUCAGAUUGAUUGAUUGACUGGUGCGGAGGGGGGAUGGGAUUGGGACACGAUUCCGGAGUGAGCUGGAAAUGCCGGGGGGGGGGGCGGACGAGAUGUGGAGCUGUGGGCAAUGCUGACACAGUUUUGUCGGACCUCAAAACGGAGUUUCCUGAAAUCAUCAUUGCGGUAUACAUGCAUCUAUGCGACAAUAAUUUUUUGAAAAUCCAGCAGUGGGUGUAGCCAUUACCACACUGAUUUUCUUAAAUGCCUUCACUCAUUGUGCAAAGGCAUUUGCAGUGGAGAAAAAUAGUGUCGGGGUGACAACAACGGAGCAGAGCGGGAAAUGGAGGAGGAGAGAGGAGGGGGGGGGGGGGGGGGGGGGGGUGUCUAAUGCGGGUUUUCCUGUACUUCGCCUUGGAGGUCUGCUGAGCCCGUAUAUAUAUAUAUCUUUCGACUGACUGUGAUCCCGAGAGCGUACCGGGUCUGCGAAUGUGCAAAAGCAGCAACACCUUUGGCUGCUCUGCCCCAGUGUGAGCCAAGGAUUUCUUUCUGCGGUUUUGGCCAUAAGUUGCAUACUGUUGCGACACACAGGGUGGUGGGGAUGCUGGGCUCUCUCUCCAUUUGUCUUGGCCGAAGGUGGCCUCAGACCGAAAUGCGCGAAAGCAUGAUCAAUCCGGCAUCCAGCGGAGCAGAGCAACAGGUACCCUCUUCCGUCUGAUGCUACAUCCCGCGAUCGGAAGGGGUUGCAGCAUUGCACCUAAUUCAUUCAGGACCAAGUUUUUUUCUAUGGUUUUGGCCAUAAGUUGCAUACUGUUGGGGACACACAGGGUGGAUGCUGGGCUCUCUCCAUUUGUCUUGGUCGAAGGUGGCCUCAGACCGAAAUGCGCGAAAGCAUGAUCAAUCCGGCAUCCAGCAGAGCAGAGCAACAGGUACCCUCCUCCGUCUGAUGCUACAUCCAGUGAUCGGAAGGGGUUGCAGCAUUGCACCCACAAUUCAUUCGGGACCAAGUUUCGCAAUAAGGUCUGUCAGCUCAGUUGGAUGGUGGGAACUUGCACAGCACGGAAAGGGACGCGGCAUCAUCGGGCAUCCAUCCAGGGAGACGGUCUGAAAUGCGAUCUCUGACAGUGAUGCUGCACAUACGUCAGAUGGCGGGGGGACCCAACCAAUUUCUGUUUGGAGAAGCAUACAGCAAGGUGAAAGGUGAGUUCGUCGAGAGGACCUCCCUCAAGAACUCGAGUGCAUCGUUUGCCUGCGGGUGGCUUUUAGACGGUAGUUCACAUUUUCCGUUGAUGACAAUUGAGGCAGCGUACUUUUAGGCAUCGACUUUUUACUAUUCCUCACUAUGUACCUGGGGCGGGAACCUUAACUGGAUUGAGGCCAUGUUUGGUGCGUUGGGCAUCGAGAGAUCUAUCGAUGCAAGUGUCGCGGAGAGUCAGAGACCACCUGCGUGCGGGCUCCAGGGGUACUUUGCUGUGCUGUGCUGUGCUGUGCUGUGCUGUGCUGGGGGUUCACCAGACAGAAGUGGGGCAGCAGUGGGCAGAAUUUGUUGGGAGGUGCGAGAGAUAAGGACACUGUGUUCUUUGUAUGAUAAGAAGAUAUAUGCUCGCUUCAUCUGCUGAAACAGUUGUUGCUUCUGACAAGACAUGGGGGAUUGCGAUGCAUGCUGGGCAUCGAUCAAAUCCUUUGUGUCGUUCGAAAUUCUUAAAAUGAAAACUGUAAAAUAAAAUGCAUGGUGACUA